UCUAGCUCUCACAUGUGUACAUGCACCGGUUGCUAAGCGCAGGUAUCACGUUGAGACCAGUACAGCCAGUGCUUUGAUGUCAUCAGUCUGUUGAGCAGAACAGAAGAAGAUGAAGGUGGUCGCGUUAAUAAGCGGAGGCAAAGACAGCUGCUACAACAUGAUGCAGUGUGUUGCUGCUGGGCACCGGAUCGUAGCUCUGGCCAACCUCCGUCCCGCCAACACAGAUGAGUUGGACAGCUACAUGUACCAGACAGUGGGCCACCAGGCCAUAGAGCUGUAUUCUGAAGCCAUGGAUCUGCCCCUGUAUAGACGCACCAUCCAGGGCUCCAGCCUGGACACCAGCAGAAACUACAAUGUGACAGAGGGGGAUGAGGUGGAGGAUCUGUAUGAGCUGCUGCACCUCGUCAAGGAAAAGGAGGGUGUCGAGGCAGUGUCUGUAGGGGCCAUUCUCUCAGAUUACCAGAGGGUCCGUGUGGAAAAUGUAUGUUCACGGCUAGGUUUGCAGCCCCUGGCCUACCUGUGGCGCCGAGAUCAAGAGUCCCUGCUCUCCGAGAUGAUAUCAUCUGACCUCCAUGCUGUCCUCAUCAAAGUCGCAGCCUUCGGCCUGGAUCCGGAGAAGCACUUGGGAAAACCUCUGGCUGACAUGGAGCCCUAUCUGAAACAGCUCUCCCAGAAGUAUGGAGUUCAUAUUUGUGGAGAAGGAGGUGAAUAUGAAACCUUCACCCUUGAUUGCCCCCUCUUCAAAAAGAAGAUGGUCAUUGAUGCAACGGAGCUGGUGAUCCACUCAGCAGAUGCCUUUGCUCCAGUUGGCUACCUGAACUUCACCGAGAUACACACCGAGAACAAGGAUGCCGAUGUGGUGGCGAGAGCUUUGCCCCAUGGUAGUUGUCCUUGCCAGAACGCCAUUGACAAGAUGACUGAGGAGGUGGAAUAUGCUGAUCAAGCUCAAGACAACCAGCAAGAAUUUACAUCAAAUUGUGACCUUAGUUGUCAGCAGGGCCACGAUCCCCCUCCAUCCUGCUCACCAAGAAGCUCCAAAGGCUAUCAGUGGAUCUCUGGCAUCAACGGCCUUCAGUCCAAAGAUCUCGGGAUCCAGGGCCAGACAUCGGCAGCUUUGAUACAGCUCCAAAAUGAGCUGGACAGCAGAGGCUGGAAGAUGAAGGACAUCGUCCUUGUUCAUCUAUAUGUGAGGUCCAUGGAAGACUUUGUUCAUCUCAACACCAUCUAUAAGAAACACUUUGGCAUAAACCCUCCAGCAAGGGUGUGUGUUCAGGCUCCUCUACCUGUCAGUCAGCUGCUGCAGAUGGACUGCCUGCUCCAUGACUGGACCGAGCCCCUGGAGGAAGGCUGCUUCCACCAGAGGGAAGCCCUGCAUGUCCAGAGCCUGUCCCACUGGGCCCCAGCCAACAUUGGGCCCUACAGUCAGGCCCUCAGGGUUGAUGAGUCGGUUUUCUGCGCGGGCCAAAUUGCAUUGGUCCCAUGUACCAUGCAACUGGUAAGGGCUGGCACCAGGACUCAGGCCCAUUUGUCCUUCAGCUAUGUGAGGAAGGUUCUAGAGGCCGUGAUCAGCAGCCUGACUCUGGCUCAUGUUGUCCAGGCCCACUGCUACACCACAAGACACCAAGACAUCCCCAUCAUCAGGGCCAUGUGGGAGAGCAUGCUGAGGGCUGCAGAAGAAGAGAAGGACUUGCUGUGGGAGCCUGAGAUCAAACCCGCGCCAUUAUUGGUCGUCGUGGUACCAGCCUUACCCAAGGGCGCCGCUGUUGAGCUACAUGUUACUGCAAUUCAGGAUGAUCCCACCAAAAGGACUUCCUGUCACAUGACUAGAAAUGUGGCAUGCGCAUCCAUAGAGUGCUACACUGUAACGUCGUCCGACAUGUGUAGCGCUUCACUCUCACUUUCCCUGGCUGUGCCCGGCGAUGACCUGGAGGUCACCGGCGUGAAGGAUGUAACAGACGGAGUUGCAGCUACAUUCAAGAAAGCCAUGGAAAAGAUGGAUGCUGCGCUGGUGCCAUUAUGUGCCAGGGUGUUCUACAAGUGCGGCCACUCACUGGCACAGCAGAUUCUUAAAGGACUUGAAGAAAGUUUAAGAAGCUCUCUAGGAGAGUCCAGUCCGUCUGUGGCCCUGGUUCCUGUCCUGGACUUGCCUGACUCCAAGAUCCUCCACCUGUCCUGCUGGCUCAGUUUAUAGAAACACAUCCAAAGUCAACAACUAGACUCCAGUCAUCCACAUCACAGGAAUUCAUUUGGGCUUUUCUGAAGGAGCCACUCUGACAGCCCAACACCUAAUCAAUUACAACAGGACAUCAGUGAAUGUGGAAAAUAAAGACUGCAUAACUUCUCAUUAAUGUUGAAUGUUUAUCGAUCUUGAUUGUUGAAAUGCAAAGUGUUGUCUGUCUGAAAGUGGAUUUGAUUUAUGUGAGGUUCUGAGGAUUUGUGUUUAUUCCACUUCAUAUCCCAGAAUUUAGAUUUAUAAUCCACUUUGUCCUCCACUGGAGUUGAAUACUGCAGCAGCUGUUAUUCUGCCUCGGAAAAGAGUCUUAUGGAACUUCUAUAACCCAAAGCUGCAUACCAGAGCACUGGAGACCAUAGUCUACAAAAGGACACACCAGCAGUGUUUCAUUCCACGAGGCGAUAAACUGUAUCCCCUGAUAUCCCACUGUUUCUGGUGGAAUUUCUCUCACCACGUUAGCUAACACCCCUCAUAAAGGCCUAGCGCCACCGCUAACACCAUCUGUUCAGUUGUAAACCUAUAGAUUUACUGUGCGACUGUUUGUGGCAGUGUGUAACGUGUGUGUGGAUGAGGUGACUGUGUUCCUUCGCUCUCAUGCUCCAUGGGAUUCAAGGUGUGUUAUUAUUGUGUAAUAGGCAAUCAGCACCGAGCACCUGAAAAGAUUAAGCCUCUUUAUGUUUUCUAUUGAUUCUAAGGCAACCUGGUUAAUAGGAGAGGGACACUACAACACACAGCUGCAGGGCAGGUGUGUGAGUGUGUGCGUGAGUGUGUGUGUGAGGGUGUGUAUCUGCUGGGUCUGUCAAUGGACAUUGUGAUGAUGUGGGAAGAAAAUAACACUAUUAACCAUUGCUCCUGGAACAUUUCUUUUCUCAAAGAUCAUGAACCGUAUUGAUGAUCGAGUUGGAAUGCUUCUUCACUCCGGUUAUUCUCUUCAUUGUGCUUGUGAUGGCGGGAGAGUGGAUUGAGCUAUUGAUCUUCACCCACCGCAAUGUUGUUUUGAUUUGUGCUAUCAAAAAUUGAACAAUAGAGGCAGCCGAUAGGGCCUGAAGAUUGUUAUUGAGGGUUGAAAAACACAAACAAGCAAUUAUUUAUGAUGUAGAGCAAGCCGAUGCCCCAUAAAUAUACAGGGUGUUAAUGCUCACCUGUUUGGUUUUAAAGGGCCUCACCAGGGGGACAUUCAGAAUUGUUGAAUGAUGCAGCUGUCAAAUGCAUGUGGGUAUAUUUUAAUGAAGUACUUUCAUUAUGUACUUGUACACCCCAGUCAAGUAAACACCGAUACAUUUAAUCCACAAAUAUUUGAUUAUAUUAAAUAAAUUUGAUAUUAAAUAUAAAUUUGAUUUGGCAAAUGACACAAAUAGCCAUCCAACUAAAAUGGUUUUCUUUGUCAAUUUUCUUCUUUAAAUUUAUAAAAGUGUGUAACAGUCUGAAUGCCAAGCAGUGUAUUGCCCAACAGCUAUGCUGAGCAAACAUGCAUUUUCAGCAGUCUUGGUAAACAUACAGGAAAAAUUGAGAAAUAUAUAUUUUUUAAAUUGGACAAUGAAAAUAAAGAAACAGCACAAACCAGCCCAAUGUAUUUCAAUUACAUAUGUCAACUGCAUUUCACCAUAUUAUUAAAAAUUCCAGAUUUGAAAACAUUUCUGUAUUGACUUUUGAAUGCAUAUGCUUUUAUUCCCCUUAGUGGAGCAAUGGUUAAAUUACAAGGGCUUUAUAACAGCAAUAGAAGACUCAACAUUUCUGUAAACACAGAGGAGCUCUGCUACUCAACCACACUGUAAACAUUACAUUCUGACUUUCAGCGGGCUUGUUUUCAUGCAGACAGGCAAAGCCGCAACUAUCUUCACAUCCUCAUCUAGCCCAUGUGAUGGCCUAUGGCAGACACAUUUCUUUGUGUUUUUACCUCUGUGUUUCCUCACAAAAUGAAUAAAGACAGGGUGACAUUUAGUUUUCUCAUGUGUUUUGUCAAAUGUACAUUUUCCGCCAAGCUGACCUGCAACCGCUCUGCAAACAAACUGGUUGUUGUGGCUAACAUUGUCCUUUGUGCACAGUGUACCAGCCUGCGGCUCUUGUCAUUGUGGCCUUGCACAUGGACUUUCACUGUGUUUCUUCCUCCAGGCUAACCAGGCUGAUGUGUGUGACUAUCUUUCCCCAUAGCAGUGGGCUACAGUAGGGGAGCCCAGCUUAGAAGCAGCCGCAUUGCUCGAGACGCCUCCUGACAUUGUGGUCUGUUUGCCUCAGUGACUGUGGUUUUGUUUGUUUGCAUAUUUGAAUCCUUUUUGUUACACAAUGUAUUGUUUUCUUUCCCUGACAUAUUGUGAAAGCACGUCUUCAUGGUCACAGCACUGACUAAAUGAAACUUGUUCUAACUGCUGAACUGGCAACCAUCACAUGCUAUUGAGUGGUGUCUGCUGCCCUCUUGUGGUCAACAUAA